AUGAGUGAAGGAAAAUCAAAAAAAGUGAAAGUUAUGGAGAAAGAAGUCGAUUUGAUCAACAGUCUUCCUGAUGUACUUCUAAUUUCCAUCAUUUCUUUGCUCCCGGGCAUGGAAGGUGUGAGAACAAGUGUUCUUUCCAAGCGUUGGGAAUCAUUAUGGAAGUACUCUUCUCACCUUAGUUUUAACCAAUUUCAAAUACUAAAGUCUUUGAUCGAAGAACACAUUCAAAAUCCUGACAAAAAAAAGCGUCAUGAAAUGAUUAUGAAUCAUAAGAUAAGUACUGAAGAGGAUGAAAUCUUAGAUACAAUUGCAGAAGCUUCCAUGUUGAUUAAAUCAAUCAUGGACAAUCACAUUGGUCCUUUAAAAAGUUGUAGCAUUCAACACUUACCUGAGAGUUGUAAAAAUAGGGAUGUUGUAGGGUGGCUGAAGAAAUUAUUGGAGAAAGGGGCUGUUAAAGUUUCACUGGAAUGUGAAUCUAUGAAUUAUCUUCAUAAAAUAACAAAUAUGAUUUCAAGGGAUAUUUCUGGGAACCUUUAUUUGCCUUUUAAUGUUUUCUCUAGUUUUAAAGUUUUUGAGUUGAAGAACUAUGUUUUUAAAACUCUACCCUCACCUAAUCCCCAACAGAUUUUAAAAACUCUGAUCCUUAAUAAAGUGUGUAUUAUAUCAAAAUUUCAUAAAAUUCUCUCUCAUUGUUUUUCUCUUGAAAACCUUACCCUUGAGAAAUGCAUUUUCAUAAGAGAUAAGAUUAAAAUUGUAAGUCAAAGUCUCAAAUAUAUUAAAAUUUGUCAUUUGAAGGCACAUAUAAUUUUGGUUUCUGCCAUUAAUGCAGAAGUCAUGGAGAUUGACUCUAUUAUUUGUAAUUAUAAAGAUCUAGUUUUCAAUACCCCAAAACUUCAUGUUUUGUGUGCUUACUAUGAUACACAAAGGAUUGAGCAAAACUUCUCUACAUAUGGAGGUAGACUUUUGACAUCAAGGGAUAUUCUUAUUGUUUGCAGUAGGACUUUGGGUCGCCAAAGUUCAAGCAUGGGAACUAUAUUGAGGAAUUUGACUACUCUUUGCCUUGAUUUAGAUUUGAAUAACAAUAGAAACACCAUAGCUAUUUCUUUUGCCCUCAAGUACUGCGUUCAACUAAAGAAUCUUCAAAUAAAUAACCAGGUCAAUUGGAAUUACACAGAUGGAAUGGAUGAUCAGAAUGGCAUUGAUUCUCUUUAUUACCCCAUAGGUUUGUUUUGGCCAAAAAGAGAGUCAUGUGAGUGUGUCAGCCACAAUCUAAAGUCCUUUUGUAUAAAGGGAUACAAAGGUGGAGAUUUUGAAGUUGAAUUUGUUAAGUACUUAAUAAUAAAUGGCGGAGUUAUAGAGAAUAUUACCAUUUGGUUUUUGGAUGAUUGUUCAUGGGUUGAAGUUGUGGCAACUAUAUGUUUGUUAUCAUAUCCAAGGAACUCUUCCAAAUUGUCCAUUGAUUUGAAGCCUGGGAAAAAGAUUAUCAAAGAAGAUGGCGCUAGCUUUGAAAAGUGGGUCAGAACCCUAAAAUAA